CAAGUUGGAGGAGCCUUCACAGACAAGAGCAUCACUUGCUGAAGUCCUGUAUCCGUGCAGCUCACAAGUGCAAGAACCACAGCACUGAGAGGACCAUAUCCACUUUGAUUUCAUUAUUUAUCUCCAGAUGAUUGGUGCUAUGCCCAGAGGGUGGUGCAGGGGGCUUUAAGGCUGUAAAGGAUCCUUGAAGUUUGUCUUUGAAAGAGACAGUCCUGCAAGGGAGAAGAGUCACUGAGCAAUGAAUGUGAGCAGAGACAAGGCUCAAGUGGACCUCUCGAUACCAGCAGCUCAAGCAGCAGUGGUGGUGGAGGCUGGACCCUGCAGUGUUCACGGAGAAAAGAUGGAAAACCAUGGGGACCAGAGACUGUCUGCUAACGAAAUGCCUGUCUAUGGAUGUCCCAGGGACAGCAGACAAGGGGACAACCAGAGCAGCAAUACCCCGGGACAAGAAGGAGUGGUGGGACCUGCAGUCCACAGAACUACUUCUUUCUCUGUACUGGACAUCCUGGACCCUAACAAGUUCAAUAGCAAACAGAGACACUGCAAUGUAGUGUACAAGCCCCAAACUGACUACAUACAUCGGGGUGAGGACAAGCAAGAAGAGCAGGGGACAGACCUGGCUAACCAGAAACCCUUUCUAGAAGACUUUGACAGCUGCAAAAAGUCCACAGACAUCUUAAAGAAUGGAGAAGUCUAUCAGCAGACUGCAGACGAGUGUCAGAACCAGGAUUUCAGCCCCGGAGCAGGUAGUGAUUUGGAGGAAGAUGAAGAUGAGGAAGAUGAAGAAUUCUGCAGUGAGGAGAGCAGCAGCUCCACAGCUCUGGGGACAGCAGAGAGAGAUCCUAAUGGAGGGGUUGCUCAGGGUGAAGACUCCAUGGCAGGUAUCAACUCUUCUGGGGGAAACCAGCAGCAGGCAGCUGGGAAGAACCAAAGUCAAUCCAACCAGCAGCAGCAGAACCAGCAUGGCAAGCCCAAGAGAAAGCGGACUGGUUCGGAUUCUAAAUCGGGUAAGCCCAGGAGAGCUCGCACCGCUUUCACUUAUGAACAGUUGGUGGCGCUAGAGAACAAGUUCAAGUCCACCAGGUACCUGUCCGUGUGCGAGAGACUCAACCUGGCUCUGUCCCUCAGCCUGACCGAAACCCAAGUCAAGAUCUGGUUCCAAAACCGAAGGACCAAGUGGAAGAAGCAGAACCCUGGGGCAGAUACCAGUGCCCCCACAGGGGGGUCCAGCCAUGGAGGUGGUGGGUCUGGGGGAGCAGGCAUGGGAGGUGGGCUUAGUCCCCUAAGUCACUCUCCCCCUAUGGGGAACCCACUAGCCAUGCAUGGGCACCCAAGCUACCCAACCCAUACAGCCAGUGGACUCAUGUGUACUGCCCAGCUGCCUUUCCUGCCUGGCCCUGCUGUCCUAUCACCGUUUGUGUUGGGCUCCCAGUCUUAUGGGGCCCCUGCAUUCUAUGCCCCCCAUUUAUAAAAUCUCCAAGCUGUGAAUGGAGAUCCCAUCGAUGGAGGACCCAAGAACUUCCAAUAUUCUUCAG